CUGAUUCCCAUACUUGGAAAGCGUUGAUCGGCGCUUUCCACGACAAGGGAGUCAAAUGCGUGGCUGACAUCGUCAUCAACCAUCAUUGCGCAGACAAGCAAGACGGGAGAGGCAUAUGGUGCAUCUUCGAAGGCGGAAUCGAUGAUGCCCGCCUCGAUUGGGGUCCACACAUGAUCUGUAGGGACGACACACAAUACUCCGACGGCACCGGCAACCUCAACACCGGCGAGGGCUUCGCGGCGGCUCCCGACAUCGACCACCUCAACACGCAGGUCCAGCGUGAGCUCACGGACUGGCUGAACUGGCUCAAGACUGACAUCGGCUUCGACAAGUGGAGGCUCGACUUUGCCAAGGGUUACUCCUCAAGCAUCGCCAAGAUCUACGUCGAACAGACGCAGCCAAACUUCGUGGAGGCUGAGAUCUGGAGUUCAUUAGCUUACGGAAACGAUGGGAAGCCAACAUACGAUCAGAACUGGCCUCUGAUGCUGACCUCUACUUGGCAAUGAUUGAUGGGAAGAUAUUGACAAAGCUAGGCUCGAGAUACGACGUGGGGAAUCUCGUUUCUUCCAACUUCCACAUCGUUGCCUCUGGCAAUGACUACUGCAUGUGGGAGAAGAGAUGAAGACGAUGAUGAUGAAUCAUGGAAGAGACUUUUCGCUUCUCUUUCGUUAACGUUUCUCAUCUGUGUUGUAAGAAAAAAAUAUCGUUUCUCAUCUUUGUAAAUCUAUUUUAGUGUGAAAUCUUGGGUGCUGUUGUUAGCUUUAGAAAAAAGAUGGUUUCAUUUUGAUAUUAAA